CUUUGAUUUCGGAAUUAAAGUUGGAGUUUGCGAGUUUUUCGCUAAUUUAAAGCUUCUAAUCUUAGAUUUUAAUCGAGAAAAUUGUUAAAAUAUUUGAAAUUUAUUAGUUUCUAAAAAAUUUUUGUCUAAAUUUUUUUAUAAGUUUCAAGUGAAACCAAAAUAUGGGCCAAGUUAUUGCUUCCAGAUUUUCCGGGGCUCUCCCGUCACUAAUCACCGCAUCUGGCGCCGGAGAUGUACCUGCUGAAGAACGUAAUGCAGCUUGGUAUGUGAAACUGGGGGCCAAAAUUUUGGCCAUCAUUGGUGGACUGGGUGCUGUGAUUGUUGGUGUCAUUACCCUCAUCUCAUUCUCUUUGAGUUGUAUAAUAGCUGGAAUCCUAAUGAUCUUAUCUGGCAUUUUUGUUUUAAUAAUCGAAAUGCAAACGUUCUGUUCGGCUUUUUCGGUUUUCGCUGUCAUCAUAAAGAUGGCUGAGAAGAUCACCUACCUACCAAAGGCCAUCAUAUAUAUUGCGGCAGCCAUAUUGCCACUCUGCUUGUGUUUCUCUAUAUCUGCUGUGAUUACAGGACUGCUUCUGAUAGGCGCUGCUUUGUUGAAUGUCUACAUGAUGGUAGGACAGAAAUGGUGUGGCAGAGCUGAUAGUAAUAAAAAUAAUGCAGCAUCAGCAGCAAGUCAAGCUGAGCAAGGAGUCCACUUCAGCAACGUGCAGUCACAGCAGCAACCACAGCAGCAGCAAAAAUCAGGAAUAACUAUUCCAUUGAAUCUUAAAUUUUAACAUCAAAAACUCCAGCAAGAGGCCAUAUGACACUGAUAUAAUAUAUAGACUAUAGACAAUGCCUAGACAUAGACACUGAGCCAACACAUGUAACAACAACACAAAUUACCCAACAAUACACAAAUACAACAACAGCAAUACUCAAAACAUGACAACAAAACACAACCCAACAACUUAUUAUACGUACAUAAAUAUUCUGUAAUAACAGUUUCCUUUUAGUCUAAAAUUUUAAUUUAGCUUCCUAAUUAUCAUAAUUUAUUCAUAUCCGCCCCCAGCAACAACAAUCAGCAAUAAAAAUAAUCACCAGCAACAACAAUAAUGAUGAUAUUAACCUAUAGUCACCCAAAUUACUGUUAAUUUAUUCUAGAUUUUUUUAUUUUAUACUUUUUUGUCUUUUUCUGUUAUUUUUUUUAAAUCUAAAAUUAGAGUAUAUUUUAUUAAUAUUACUAUUAUUGUUGCUCAUUUUUUUCUAAGUUUAAUUCAAUUUGUUUAACAGAUUUUCGGAUUCAUUUUGUCAGUCAGCCAAUUAUUUUAGCAUGUACAAUGACGUCCCUAUUUUAAUUUAACAUCUUUCUUGUCUAACUCUGCCUAUGCUUGUCUGACUUGCCUCUCUAUGUUUGUUUACUCUCUCUAUCUGCUUCUCUAUACCUGUCUUCAUUCAUUGAUCUGUCUGUGUGUCUUUCUAUCUGUCUGUUGUCUGUCUGCCUGUCUGUCUCUCUAUUUGCCUAUUCAUGUGCAUAUUAAUAAUUAUUUUUUGGAAUAAUUUUGGAUAUUGAAUUAUGAUUUUGUCAUAUUAUGUUUUUAUUUUUUGUUGAUGCUCAAUAUCAGUCAUAAA